AUCUAUUUAAAGGAAAAUGUUGGUGGUACGACUUAUUUCUAUUCACCUGAUGAUUUCUCACCUCAACAUCAAGGAGUUGUUUUACCAAAUUUUGCUAUGUAUCCAAGCAUACCACCUCAUAUAGCCCAUAUGAAAUUGAAAGCUAACUUGCCACAAUUUUUCAUGGCAGAUGAAAUCAAACUACAAAUUUUGAAUGAACAUGCUUUAACUAUGGCUCAACUUGAUCAGUCUCAUAACACAGAGCUGCCAGCUGAAGUUGAUAACUAUCAUAAUUUGUUUCCACUGGAACCUCCACCAGCGAACCCUCUGCAGAAAUCUAAUAUAUUUGGUUAUCCUACAUCAUGUUUUAAAGCUGUUAAUGUUAAAGAUGGUAUGACUUAUUGUUUACGUAGGAUACAUGGGUUCAGAUUAGUUAAUACUAAAUGUAUGCCAUUAAUUGAUAUGUGGAAGAAAAUGUAUCAUCCUAAUAUUGUUCAGUUGAAAGAAGUAUUUACAACUAAAGCUUAUGGUGAUAAUUCCAUUGUAUUUGUGUAUGAUUUUUUCCCGGCUAGUGAGACACUGAUGUCUAGACAUUUCAGUAAUAUGCCUGCUCCAGUUAAUGGUUAUAGUAGUCCAUUUAAUGUGUCUAUGAAUGGUGGUACACCUCAGCCAGCUAAUAAUGGAUUAUUACCUGAGAGUUUGAUAUGGACAUAUGUUGUACAACUGAGUUCAGCUUUAAGAGCUAUACAUGCUACUGGUUUAGCAUGUCGUUCUCUUGACCCAACCAAAAUAUUGAUUUAUGGUAAAUCAAGAUUACGUAUAAAUUGUGUGGGUAUAAGUGAUGUAUUGAAUUUUGAUAAUAGUCAAGGAAACCCAUUGGCAUUGAUGCCUCAUUAUCAGCAAAAGGAUCUUUAUGCUUUAGGAAAUAUAGUGUUGGCCUUGGCAUGUAAUUCAGUGAUGUCUUUACAGAGAGAAAAUCUACAAAAUGCUUUAGACCUGGUUUCCAGAAACUAUUCACCGGAUUUGAAAAAUCUUAUCUUGUAUUUAUUGACUAAUCCCAAUCGACCACGAAGUAUUAAUGAUGUUAUGCCAAUGAUUGGAGCGAGAUUUUUUACACAGCUUGAUGCUGCUCAGUUACGUGGUGAUGUUUUACAAAAUGAACUUGCUAAAGAGGUAGAGAAUGGUAGAUUAUUCCGAUUGAUAUGUAAAUUUGGUGCCAUCAAUGAAAGACAAGAUUUUAGUUUAGAUCAAGCCUGGUCUGAAACUGGUGAUAGAUAUAUAUUAAAGUUAUUUAGAGAUUAUCUAUUCCAUCAAGUAGAUGAGAAUGGUACACCAUGGUUAGAUAUGGCUCACAUUAUACAAUGUUUAAAUAAGGUUGAUGCUGGUGUUCCAGAGAAAGUAACAUUGAUGUCUCGAGAUGAACAGAGUGUUAUUAUUGUCAGUUAUGCUGAAAUCAAGAGAUGUUUUGAAAGUUCCUUCAGUGAGUUGUUGAACUCUGGUCAUCCUCAAGGUUAUUCAUAGCCGCGUUAUUUCACAUCCCCAUCUCAUUUGUGUUCGCAGAUAAAUUGAGACGAAGCCUCUCAUGUUAAAACUCAUAUUGUUAAAGAAAUUGUUUUUGUUUAAGAGGUGUUUAAUAGUUAUUGCCCUUGAUUUUGUGACUUAAAUCAUGUGUAUUAUACUGUGUAUGUAAAGACUUGAUGAUCUGGACUCAGCUGUGAAAUAUAACAGAUAAACAGUGCCGAGAAGACUUGAAGUCUUUGGGUGUUAUAGCAGUGUUGGUGCUACUUCAAUGAAUUAAAAACAAACUGGGUAAAAGUAGCUAUAUGUUAUUUAACAGGCAGCAGUAUCACGUUUUGAAGGUCAUGUCAAGGUCAUUUAUCAUUUAUUGAGUCAUUUCAUUUCAUUUCUUUCUUUCAAAGGUCAACUUGCCUUUAUUUCUUAUAAGAGGAGUGUGAUUGUGUCUGAACUGUCAAUAUUAUUUGACAUCUGGAAAGUGAUUU